GACUGUGUGUAGUCUGGUUGUGCAAUCCACUGGUGCAACACACAAAAGUUAAGCUGUUUCAGACCACCAUGCUGGAGAGUCCAACCAACGUUUCACAGCCACAAAUAAUCCUCUUAUUCUCUUUGCCACUUUGCUCUGCCCUGUGAGGGACUGAAAGAGUUAAUGUCUGUCAAUGUCUCAAACAUUGUAGAGGUCUGCAUAAGGAAGAGGGCCAUUAGCAGGAAGUUGGCUGGCAUGGACACAGGGGGUGUGCCGGAGGGUGUGCAGUCCUGUGUUCUGGCAGAACCAGCCUGGUAACCCACCACAUAUGGCCAGAGGCCACACAAAGCUUAUCUGAGGAGGGGGCUUGUAGCUCCUUGGAAAGUCCCUAAGACCACCACCCCAAUGGGCUGCACAUGCUCAGUAGGUGAAGAACCCUCUGGAACACUACCAUGUAUGUUGAGAACUGUCUAGAAUGAACCCAUAUAAGUCUUCAAGAGGCGUGACUGUGGACGGAGAUUUAGACUAUAAAAGACACAACUGCAAAGAGCCGCGCGCGCGCCCAUCACCGGAGGAUUGCCACGCUCGUCGCCGACAUCGCGGGAUCCAAGGGUGGUGACUUAUCUGUUUUCUUUCCCCCCCUCUUUCUUUUCUUUUUUUCCUUAUUCCUCUCUUUUCUCUCUUCUUGUGAACGUUUUGCUGCAACCCACGCUGCCCACUGUUAUGCCUUCCGCAGUUUGGAUUGUUCGAAUAAAGCGUUCAAAGUGAUCGUUUGGUGUCGUUUCACCUUAAUUUAGCCCGGGGGAAUCCCAGAACCUCUACGGCCCUCUGGUCUGUCCGGUCCGGGUCGUAACAAAUUUGGCGUAGUCGGCAGGAUUCCCUCAUUGGUGCUAAAGCGAUCACUGGGACUAGGCUUUUACCAAAGCCCCUCUCUGAGAGGAGUCAUACACCAGGGGAGACAGUCCUCUGAGGACUAGUACGGGAUCUGGUCCCUAUAAUUGUACACUCAUAAUGGCCUCCCUGGGAGGACCGAUUGUAGAUUGUACCCCUCUCCUGGAGAGGUUAGAGGGCUAUAGCGCCCGACCUUCUCUCUCUGGUAUGACUUGGGCCCACAAUAAUUGGCACGAUCCACAAGCGGUAGCCGACAGAAUUUCCACCUUGGCUAAAGAACGAAAACUGAAACAAGGAAAGGGGAAGGCAGUAGUUUGUGCGGUUUUAGGAGCAGCUCUGGUGGCAGCACAACGGAAUAAACACAUGGCCCAACACGUGGAAGGGGAGACAAUAAAAUCCCUUCAAGAUCUGGUGGGGGCUCUGCAGGAGCAAUUAGGAAAUGAGACAAGACAUCUCUCUGAUCAGCUUACCGCCGAGCGGGUGACUAACCAACGGCUGCACACCGCUUUGACGGAAGCUUUGGAGCGGGAGCGAAUAUUGCGGGAACAAUUAGAUGAAAUCCGCUCCCCAAUUGUUGUAGAAAAUUCGGAUGCCGAUUCUGACGAGGGGAAAAAUCCAAAACCGUUAUACCCUCUUAAAGAUCUAGACCGUAUAAAAGAAAUAUUUUCCCUCGGGGAGGGAGCUGUAAUGCGACCUUUAAUUAAAACUGAGACUGUGGAUGGUGGUCAAGGAGGACCCCAACAAGUUACCACUCGUAUCAUUCCCUAUUCUCCCACUGAUUUGGGUAAAAUUCAGGAAAAAUAUUCCCGGCCCCGAGAAACUGAAACUGAGUAUGUGUGGAGAGUGUCUCUUACCGGGGGUGACCGUAUCUUGCUGAGUGAGGACGAGGCGAGAGGAUAUUGGGGUCCGGGAGUUUUUCUAACCACAAAUGACAAUAGAGAACCCUGGUCCCUGACCCAAAGAGUGGCAUACUGGGCGGGUGGAUUGGAUCCCAUGGAAAGGGGAGACCCCUUCUCGAUUAAAACGCCUACGGCGGGGCACAUUUUAGAAAGUGUACAGAAAACUGCGUGCCUCCAGUUGAUGCAUGACCGGUUAUUGGUUCCGCAGCAGCCCUCUCCCAUGCAAUAUGUGGCAGACCCCGACAGGUUGCAUCCCCUUAUAAGAGGAUUACCUGAUGCUUUGAAAUUAUAUGCGGUGCAACUACAAGAUCGGUUGAGGGCGCCUCGACCCCAGAGAAGGGGAGCCCCCCGGAGACGACAUGGGGAGAGGUGGCACAAGAAUUGAUUAAUUACGGGAGACGGAUGGGAUUUACCGGCCAGGGAGAGACAAAAUCCAAGGCGGACCUUAGGAGGGUGGAAGGCAAUGGGCGAAUAAAAGCUGCACCCCCGAAGCCGACGCGGCCCCCUGAUAGUAAAAGAUAUGUCUUAUGGACAGAAGGCAUCUCAAAGGGGAUUCCCAGGGAGGUGAUGGAUGGGUUACCCACCCCCAAUCUGGAAAGUUUGGUGAAAAGCUGGGACAAAAUAAAGGAAUCCCCAUCUCCCUCAAACCCCAAGGAUUUUGUUCUCCCAUCCCGGGAACCUGAAACAAUAAUCCCA